AUUGUUUACCGAUUCCAUUAAUACCAUGACAUACGGUACCUUAAUUAACUUGUGCAAUGAAUACAAAAAUUUCGAGUUUUACGAAGGCGCUGUUGAGCUAUUGUUGAAGGCUGCACAUACUAUGGAGCACGUAACUGAAAAACGCAAGUCGAUUCUUGAUAACGUUAUUGAAACCUUACGAGAUGCUGGUGUCUUUAACGAAGGAGUUUCCCAACCUAAAUCCUUACAAAUCAUGAAUUCAGGUCACGCGCAAAAAUUUAAUCCCGUUCUUCACAAGGCACUAGAACUUGGGUUAAGCUUGAAAGAUAUAGAUUUUCUUUUCGCAGUGUAUGACGAAUUUUUACGAGCCGAUUCCGUUCCACAACUAUUUGACCCGGCGGCACCCUACAUUGAAGAUUACCUUACUCAUUCAAAAGACUUAUCUUCGCCGGAAGUAAGGAAGAAAUUGGACCUGUAUUGUGAUUAUUGCGUGAAGCGUCAUGAAUACCUUAAAGCGGCCGAAGUGAAAGAUUAUAUAGCCCAGAAUUCAGGGGGAGAUGUUACUUUACAAGAGCGGUUGCAUUACCUCUCCCAUGCCGUAGGGCAAGCUGAAAGUGCCAAAGAAUUCAGCGAGAAUGCCAAAGUGAUUGAGGCGUUAAAUAAAUAUCGUCUUAAAAUGAAGAUCGCACAAAUACAAUUCGAAAUUUAUACAGAUAUAAAUAGUAUGCCCGAAAACGUUUACAGCAACUUUGCGACAUCGCAGGGGAUACCUAGCAGGGAUGAAGUACUUGCGCUUCUUAAUCAAAAGCUCUAUGAUUCUCACAUUCUCUUGAACGAUUUUAUCCACCCGUUUGACCUGUAUGAAAAGAAGUUAGCCUUGUUACAGAUCGUGGAAGAAGCCCCCUAUCAAACCGAAAUACCGAUAGCCGAUGUACUUGUAAAAGCCGGUCGAAAGUAUUACCCCAGCGACACGCGCAUGAUGCCAUUAGACAAGAUCAUUAUCGCGAUAUCGAAAUACUUUAUUGAGAACGAAAUAACAGAUCCUGGUAUUAUCACAAAGAUUCUAAGGCAGGCAAAUAUAAAUUAUGCCGUCUUGUUUGAAACCGUUAAACACGUCUUGAAUAAUAGAUCG